AUCUUCCGCCAUUAUUUUGAUAGCUCCUCUCUUCAUUCUGUUCCCUUCCACUCUUUCACUCCCUAACAUCACGAUUCUCAAACAAACAAGCUCAUUGCAAUCGAAGCAACUUCUUCGCCGGAAUACCUCUUGUCUCGCCGGGAAACCGCUUUUUUGCCCUAUUUUUAUUUUUACUUUUCCAGAAAUGGAGAUUAUUGUGGUUGAUUGCGAGCUUAAAGCUAGUGGUAUAGUGUAGAAUUUUCUCAACAUUUUUUUCUUUACUCUCAAAUUCCCUCUCUUCCUUCUCGAACGAGAGAGAGCGCGUUGUUGUUGGUGUAGUUGUUUGAGGGGUUUCGGUAUCGUUUUCUCUCUCCUACGUGUCAAAUUUCUUCAAUCAAAGCAUGGAUGUCAGGAACAUGAUCGUUGAGAACUUGGAUCCAUUGAGGAAAAGGAGUGGGGGAUUGAGGACAAAACAAGCGGGGAGAGGUUCGUGCCGCGGAAGUUAGGGUUUCAGUUUCUCUGAUAGGAAAAUACCAAUAGAGAGAAAAACAAACCGAAAAAAACACAAAUGUAUGACCCCCGGCGUUAAUUCUACCCAGUAUAAUCAUAUAGUUUUAUUUCAAUUUUUCUAAGUAAUAAUUAUUUUGUUUCUGGAAAAUAUAUUUGGUGUUGGUGUUAAAACGCAUCGUUUUUGAGAAAUUUGGUGAUCGGGAACGAUGGGUUACUUGUUGAAAGAAGCUCUCAAGGCUCUGUGCGGUGUGAAUCAGUGGUCUUAUGCCGUUUUCUGGAAAAUCGGUUGUCAAAAUCCAAAGCUAUUAAUUUGGGAAGAAUGCUACUAUGGAUCAUCUACCAGUGCACCCCAGAAUUCAAAUUUAGGUAACAAUGAAAUAAGUUUUCAAAAACAAGAAGGUUACAAUAACGGGAUGCAAGUGGGUGACAAAUUGCAUUUGCUUAUAGAGAGGAUGAUGAUAUCUAACCAUGUUAAUGUGGUUGGAGAAGGAUUGGUUGGCCGGGCUGCAUUUACAGGGAAUCAUCAAUGGAUUAUCUCUGGAAUGUAUAAUGAAAUUUCUCACCCAGCUGAGGUUCUUAAUGAGGUUCACCUCCAACUUUCUGCUGGAAUGCAAACGAUCGCUGUGAUUCCAAUUGCUCCACAUGGAGUUGUUCAGCUUGGUUCAUCCUUAACAAUAAUGGAGACUGUUGGAUUUGUGCAUGACGUGAGGAAUUUUUUUCUUCAAUUGGGAUGUAUUCCCAGUGUGUUUAUCUACGAUAACUAUUUGGCAAAAGAUGCUGCAUCUACAUUGGGGCUGCCAGUUGCUGAUGUAACUGCCAACCCCAUCAAUCUACAUGGAAAUCCAACACCGGUGAACUCUACUAAUAUAGCUGCAGGAGAUUUCAAUUUGCAAAGAAACUCAUCUGAGAUUCACAGGCUUGUUAAUCAAUCAUCCGAUUGUUUUCUUACUCAGUUUCAAGAUAACCUGCAAGUUAGUGGUUCAGCAUUUAUGAUGCCUAACUUGAAUCGAGAUUCGUGCAAGGACAGUGGAGAUCAUGAGGCAGCAAUGAUCAGUCAUGUGAUAGAUUCCAAUGUCCUUCCAAAUGGCCUGGCAGCAAACCAAAACACUCGAGGUGUUGUAAUGCCUUGUAAAUCUGAUUCAAUGAUAAAUCAGCCUUGUUCAAAUAAUCCUGGGACAGGGAUCAGUUGUCCUCAAUCAACUGCCAAUUGGCAUCCCACAUUGUUAAAGCAGCAAAUUGUCUUACAUGAUGGUUCAGUAGAGGGGAAAUAUGGCACGUCAACAUCUGUCUUUAACCAUAAUGAAUACCAUUGUGCUGCUUUGAAUCAGAACAACACCCUCUUGUCUGCAAAAAAUGUAUUGGGUAUUGGUAUUAAUGGUGAACAUGACCAUUCAUUUCAAACAUCUGCUCGUGGCAAUAUGGUAGUUCAGGACACUGAUUCUUCUGUCGAGGAUGGGGCUGUUUUGUUGAAAACAGAUAAAUCGAGUAGCAGUAGUAAAUCAGCAGGUGUCCUCAAUCGUGGAAAUUACGCCACAGACAUUGCGCUUGCAACUAAAUAUACCCAUGGGAAACUGUGGGAUAGUGAUCGCCCCAAAGUCCAGGAAACUUAUGCCACAAAACAAGUGCAUAUUCAAUCUGGAAAUUACGCACCACCACCAAAGGACACUGUACUUGAGGAUAUUUUUAUUCAGUCCUCAGCAGGGGAUGACUUAUUCGAUGUUCUGGGAGUGGAUCUUAAGAACAAACUGUUGAACGGUAACACUAGUAACCUUCCUGACAGCUUCUGUGGGAAUUUAAAAAAUCAAUCUAAAGAUUUGCCAAAAUCUAUGGACCUACAAAAUUUUAGAUCUGAGGUGUAUUCAGAUUAUGAAGGAAUCUCAGGAAGUGUUGUUUUUUCUUCUUCUGGUUCUGAUCACCUCUUGGAUGCUAUUAUAUCUGGUGUUGGUUCGGUUACCCGGCAGAUCUCAGAUGAUGAUGCUUCCUGCAAGACCACCGUAUCAAAGAUUAGUAGUUACUCUAUCCCUAGUACUCCUAACAGCAAGCCUCUAUCAUCUGGUAUGUUUAAUAUGUCAGAGAGGAUGCAGAGCCAGCUAUUUGGGCCUUCCAAGCCUGUAAGUAGGUUAGUUGAACCAAUAGGCAACGCCGUCAGGUCUUCAUGUGGCAAGAAUGACGACAGUAGUUGUACAUAUGGAUCACAAAUUAGUUCCUGGAUUGAACAAGGGCCUAGUACUAGUGUUUCUACUGCAAAUUCGAAGAAGUCUGAUGGAGGAAAAUCAAACCGAAAAAGACUUAAACCUGGAGAGAAUCCCAGACCAAGGCCUAAAGAUCGGCAGAUGAUCCAAGAUCGUGUGAAGGAGCUCCGCGACAUAGUGCCAAAUGGGGCCAAGUGUAGUAUUGAUGCUUUGCUGGAACGUACGAUAAAGCACAUGCUUUUCCUGCAGAGUGUCACUGACCAUGCUGACAAACUAAAACAAACAGUGGAAUCCAAGAUAGCUAAAAAGCAAGGUGGAAUGUCUUUAAAUGAUGAAUUUCAGGGCAGUGCAACCUGGGCCUUUGAGCUUGGUUCCCAAUCUCUGGUUUGUCCGAUAGUGGUUGAAGAUUUGAAUCCACCUCGACAAUUGCUUAUAGAGAUGCUUUGUGAAAAACGGGGAUUUUUCUUAGAGAUAGCUGAUAUUAUUAGAGGACUGGGGUUGACUAUCUUAAAGGGUGUAAUGGAGGCUCAGAAUGACAAGAUAUGGGCACGAUUUGCAGUUGAGGCAAACAGGGAUGUCACGAGGAUGGAAGUAUUCAUCUCACUAGUUCAUUUAUUGGAAGAAACUCUAAAAGGCAGCACUUGUUCAGUUCAUGGCACAAAUGAUGAGAAUAUGGGAGUUGUACCUGCGCCAAUUCCAGUUAAUCAGCAACUAGUUUGCGGUGAACCAUCUAGUCGUAUGAUAUAGUCGUUUGAGAGUGGAUAUGUUGAGAGCAAGACAUUGUGACUUGCUAUGACCGACAAAUCCGGUGUCCUUACGCAGGUGGAGUUGUGUCCUCAUGUCCCCGAAGCCCCCACUUAGAAAGUAGAUAGGGAGGGAGGGUUUUGAUCUGGGUUGUGUAGGUAGUAGUCUUUAACCUCUGAAUAUGUAUUCUCUAUAUAGGGUAUUGCCUAUGCACAUUGGCUUCCUUAGCAGUCUUGUUAUUCUAAUCUAUUUUUGGUUUCAAGUAGAUAUAAUUGUGAAGGGAGGGGUUAGCUUUGGAAAGGUUAUUAUAUGAGGUAAAGUGAGACAAAUGUAUAGAAUUACACAGGAGGAGGUUGAGUAGGGAAGGGGGGGUUUCAUAAACUGAGGUUUGAAGAGAAGUGUGUUUAUUAAGUUGACUUCAUCCUUGUUGACGUGGUUUCAGGGUCUACAGAUAUGUACUUGGAUUGUAUUAAGGUCUUAAAACUCUUGUAUUUUGUAUGUAUGAUCUUGUCAAGUACUAUUAUCCCAAUUCAGUUCUUAA